AUGGCGCGGAGCAGGCCUCGUAAGAAGCCCGGUCCCAAUGCCGCGGACGUGACGCCCUCGAGCCCGCCGCAGCACAAGCCUCCACCCGCGCCCAGGCCGCCGGCACAGGGCCAGGCCAGCUCGCCCACCAACCUGUCGCCGCUUCGAGCCCCGCCCACGACCCCGCCCGAUUCGCUGCACAAAACAACAACCGGCGGUAGCAGGCUCCGUGUGCGCAGCAGGACCAACGGCGACGACGGCGUGAACCUUCCCAAGCUCAAGGAGCCGUUCACGCCGGGCGGUAGCACCCGAUACGAAGCCGUCGGCGGCAGGGUGCAGGCUGCCGACGGCACGUGGGUCGCCUACGCGCUGACCCGCCCGGUGCCCCGACCGGGCCAUCCCAAAGCCCCGCUGCUCGUCACCGUCAACGGCCUCAGCAACGACGGGUUCCAGUGGGAAGGUCUCGUCCCGACCCUGAAAAAGGAGCACGCGGUGUUGUCUUGGGACUACCGCGGUCACGGAUGCAGCGAGAACCCGCGCGAUGCGUCGAAAGUGUCCAUCGAAUCGUUGGCGGAGGACAUGCAGCUCGUGCUCGACGACGUCGACAACCGCGGACUCGCAUCAGUAGCGCACGUGACCGUGGUCGCGUACAGCAUGGGCUGCCAAGUGGCGCUGGAGUGGUGCAGGCAGCACGCGGGCGGACGGCUCGAGGGCGUCGCGCUGAUCCUCGGCACCCCGCAGUACUCGCUGCGCACGGUGAUGUUCGGGAGCAAAACGGCGGCGGACCUGGUGGCGACGUUUUUGGACUCGUUUCAAACCCCGCUGGCGUUGGCGUGGGAGGUGAGCUUCGCGUGGACUUUCGCGACGAGCUACGUCUCACACGCGCUGGCCCGCGCGCUGGGCGUCAUUCGCAUCCAGUGGGCCGCGUUUGCGCCCUUCUACAGGCACCUCAAGCGGCUGCACGGUGGUGCGUAUAACCGCAUGCUGGUCACGGGCCAGAGGCACACCGCGAUGGACGUGCUAGAGAGGCUGGACCGGCGGGAGGUGCCGACGCUGAUCGUCACCGGCGGUAAGGACUUCAGCGCCGGUAAGAGCGUGUUCAGGGAGAUGCACUUCGCCGCGCCGCGCGCGAGUUUCGUGCACCUCCCCGAGGCGUGUCACGCGGGGAUGAUCGGCGAGCGGGAGGCGGUGACGGAGGCGCUCGAGGCUUUUUUGCACGAAAAGCGCGAGAGCGUCGCUUUCAACAGGCGGCGGCUUUACGACGCGACGGGCAUGAACGUGUCCCCGCCGGAGUCGCCGGUGAAGACCGCGGGGGGUAGGGACGUCGUCGCGGAUCCCCUGUCGCCCGCGAUCUCGCCGAUCAAGGAGUGA